AAAAAUUGUAUUUAAAUUUAGUGUAAAACGUGUAAAACAUUUGUCGGACACAACUCCCGACUCCCGACUCCCGAAGCUUUCGACACUAAAACUGACCGCUAGAAUGGAUUUCGCGCGUAAACAGUUGUUGUCAAUGGGAUGGACGGAUGGCCAGGGAUUGGGCGUCAAUGAAGACGGCAUCACAAAUGCUAUCAAACCGAAGAUCAAGUUUAACAAAAACGGUAUCGGCUUUGAGGCCAACGAGUCGGCCAAUCAAUGGUGGAACCAGUCGUUCAACUGUUCGGCCAAUUAUAUAGACUUCAAGAUUAGUCAAACACAAAGUGGUCUCAAAGUAAAGGAAAAGAAUUCGUCUGUUGAUAACAAAAACCAUCAAAAAUAUAGCAAUUUUGUGAAGAGUUUGCCAAAUGAAGACAUUGAUGACAAUUGUGACGACAAUAGCGAUAAUAAUUUGUUAUUAAAUAAUAAAUUAAUGAAGAAUUUAGAUUUUGAAGAAGUAUUUCGCAAAUGUAAGCGACGGACAGCACAUAAGGCCUCACGAAUUGGUAUCAAAAUGAAUGGUAAACUCAAGAGACUUAAGGAACAGGACGAAGAAUUUUUGAAAAAGUUUAAGAAAUUAAAGCAAAAAUGAUUGACGACUUCUUAAGACUUUAAUUAAAC